AUGUCUGUGAAGGCUCUACUGAUGUGCUGGCGAUUUGUAUUGGGGAUAGGCAUAGGAGCUGAGUAUCCUUUGAGUGCGUGUAUUGCCGUCGAAUGGAGCUCACGGCAGCACCGCGCCAAGAUGCUAAGUGCUGUUUUCUUGAUGCAGCCACUUGGACAAUUUUGCGCAUAUGGAGUUGGCCUCGCAGUGCUUAAUGGGCUUCAAUACCAGUAUAGCCUGGACAGCACGGGUGACGACCCGGGCGGCAAAAGUCGAAUCGGCAUCGACAUACUCUGGCGAAUUGUCACGGCAGUCGGUGCCCUGCCGGCGCUGAUUGCGUUCUCGUUCAGGUUUUUGCUACCUGAAUCUGGUCGCUACAUCUACGACGUCGAGAUUGAUGCUAGGCGAGCUAUCAGAAACACUAGGAAGGGCAUACGUGACCUCUCCCUUGCCAACAGUAGAUCAAACUCGCGCGCCAUCAAUGCAUUUGGACGGCAGCGAAUGGCUUGGGGAAGAGAACGGCAUGGGACUAUCCCACCACCGACUGAGCUGCCGAUCUAUCUGACAGAUGUGCAGCUUGGUAACCACGAUCGGCCUUGCAGAGGGACGCAGCGUCGCGGCACCAGGCAAUCGGAUCCGGAAGCGGAAAUGCUGAGAAUCGGCGAGUUGAGACAAGAACCACUGGUCAGGGCGCGCCGAUCUUCCGUAGCUGCUGAGGACCAGAUGAAUCUUGCCGCCAGGGCUGCCAAUUCAAUGCCAGAUGACCGCCAGCAAACCACGGGAAUACAUGACCCAGAUGAGCAACUUGCUGCCGCGGACGAUCAGUUUGACGAAGAUGAAGUGAAGCUCACGCAGUUCAAAGGGCAGAGCUGA